AUAUCACGAUUUUGCCGUGUUCGGAAUCAGUCGUUAAACAACAAGAUCUACUAGUACUGGCAAAAUUGACUGGAAUCUAUCGAGUUCACGAAUCACAUUUGUUGGCCUACGGUCAUGACGGUACCGUAUGGGUACUAGUAUUCAACCCGGCAUAAUUCAAAGAUUUUGACAUAUUCCCCAAAAUAUCUAGAAAUAGGGAAUUUAUCUUAAUUUCAUACCUUUGUUAUUUCCAGGGUAAUCUGUUGUCAGUAUUUUCUUUAUCAAUCUGUCGACUGUGUGCGCAGAGGAUCGAAUUAUGCGGCGAUGGCCUUUUGCACUGAAUGGUACUAGUAUUCAACCUAGUGAGGAUUGAUAGCAAAUCUUAAAAAGGUCUAGAUUGCUAAAUUAGAUCUAGAUCUAUGUAAGUCUCUGGCUUUGAUUAAUUCCCUGUUUGGUCUCAUCUCAAAUGGUCUAGUCCAUAGUCGGAUGGGACAAGGGCAGAUUGAGAGACAGGGCCAUCUUUCAUCGCUAGGUUGAAUACUAGUGCCGACGGGUUGAAUACUAGUACCAAAAUCCGUCGCCGUAAAAUUUGAUCGCCCGCGCACGCAGUUGACGGGUUGAAGAAAAAAAUAACCGGAAAAGAAUAACCAGCAUUUGCUCUUUGAAAUAAGACAGGUCUGAAAUUCAGGUAAAUUCCAUAUUUCUGUAUAUUUGAAGAAACUCUCCAAACAGGUUGAAUACUAGUACCCUUACGGUAUAUACAGUUGCAUUGACCAUGCUGGCUAGAAGAACCUCGUUCGUAGGAUGAGUGCUGACUGGGUCUGGGAAGAAUGAUCAGAUAAUAUUCUGCAGGUCAUGCAGGCAAAAAUCACCAAGUACCAUGACGGAGACCUUAACAGAGGAAAAACUCAUCGCCCUAGCAGAGGCUGUGGGUGACCAUAAGAACGUAUUUAAGUUCGGGUUGAAACUGGGAUUCAAGAAGUCCGAAGUCAGUACAUACAUCAGUACAAAUAGACGAAAUGACAGUUCCGAAGGAACCACCUCCAUGCUCUUCGACUGGAAAAGAAAGACACGGAGUGCAAACCAAAUACCUGAUAUCAUCAAGGCACUUGAAGACGCUGGAUUUGCGGAAUUAGUAGAUGAUUUCUUCCCAUCUGGAGAGGAUGUCUCACAAGAAACUGCAACAACUUCAAGAGCAUCGACUUCAACAGGAGCAGCAGACAUGUCAGCAUUACCACAUACCAUCAGUGAGGGAGAACUUUUGAUGUUGUCAACAGAGAUCGGACCAAGUUACUACAAGAAAGUUGGCGUUAACCUGAAUAUCUCCAUUGUAACCCUUGAUAACAUCAAGGAGCAUACCCGAGAUAACUGCGAAGCAUUGAUGACAGCUUUCACAAGAUGGAGGGAUAAACAGCUUCCAGACACAAACAUCAGGGCUCAUCUUGCAGAGGCUUUACAAAAGAGUGGUCUAGUGUUGCUUUCUCAGAAACUGAUUACUGGAAAUCUAUUGACAGAGUCAACAGGUGCACCUGUGACAAUUCCAGUAUCAGAGACCAAACCACUUUCCCCUGACCUGAUUGAGAAAUGUAAAGAUGAGCUCCAAUUCAAGUACAGGACUGAUUUCUGUAUGAUAAGAGCUGAUCCACUAGAUCCUGAUUCUGUUGUGCCAUUCCAAGAUAUGUACACAAACCUUUUCUUGGAAAAAGAAAAACGAAAGGAAAGGAGUCAACUUGAGUAUAAAGAUCUCUUUAAUCUCAGAAUCAAUGGAGUGUUCCCCAAACGAAUCAUGAUCCAAGGAGAGGCAGGGGCUGGAAAGACCACAUUCUUGGCUAAGAUUGCAUGGGACUGGAUAAACGAUAGUCCAGAUCUCUCAAAGUUUGUGUGGGUACUCAUUAUCCCUCUGCGUGAAGCCAAGCGAUGCACGAUUGGUCAGAUUGUUAAGUCAUAUCUCUCAAAGGACAACCCAGCAACAGCCUGUCAGAUCACAGAGUACAUCCGUUCAAAUCCAGAAAAGGUAUUCAUUGCCUGUGAUGGAUUAGAUGAGUUUAGUGGCAAGGUUGUACAGCAUACUGAAACCAAGCAAGGUUCAGAAGGUGCUCAGUCAGAGUUCAAAGUUGGAUCAGAAACAAGUCCAGCAAGUAUAUCUAUGCACACAAGAACUAACACCGAACUAAAUGUACGUUCUGUGGAGAGAGGUGAUAUCACAGUUGAAGAUAUUCUUCGCUCAGAUGAACUUCGUACUUGCCCUGUAAUGGUGACAAGCCGUCCAUGGAAGGCCAAUGAAAUCAGAGGGAGCAGUAGUUUAAGAAAUCGAUACACAUUCAUCCAUGUGGAAGGCUUUAGCAGGGAGAAUGCUAAGGUUUACAUUCGCAAUUACUUCAAAGACACUGAGGCUACAGCAGAUGAAUUCAUCCAGUUGUUUGAAAGCAAUGAUAUCAUAUCGGAGAAUAUGGCACCAUAUCCUAUCUACAUAUCUAUACUCUGUCACAUGUGGAGAGAACUUGAUGACAACAAGAAAGAAAAGUUGAAGGCUUUUCAAAGAUAUUCUGAAAUAUUCUGUGAAGUGUUUGAAUUCCUAAAGGUGCGUUAUGUUCAGAAAGAGAUCCCAGAUUUAACCAGCCGAUUAUUCAAUACCUUUCGCUCUGAAAUAGAGAAACUCCUGAAACCAAUUUCCAAGGUUGCUUUUACUGGACUACAAUCAAAUAACCUUAUUUUCAAUAAAGAAGAUCUUGAACAGUACUCAGACUCUUUGAAAACAGCAUGCAAAGUAGGACUGUUGUCACAGGAGAAUAAGCUCUCAUCCAUUCAUGAUAAGAGCAGUCCGUUCCUGCAGUCAACAAUCUUCUUUCCUCAUAAACUAUUCCAGGAGUACAUGGCUGCAGUCUAUCUUGUGUCUCUCUAUGAUUCAGAUCGCAUUGAAUUUAACAGGCUGAUUGAGGAAGUAGUGAUCCCUAGGAAGGAAGAGUUUAGGUAUCUCCUGUACUUCACUGUGUCACAGGACAAAACAAUUGCCAAGUAUACCACAAAAUGUUUGUUACAACAGUACGCCCAAAGCAAAGGCGAUGAUGCACGAAAGAUGAAUUUCUUGGUUGAUGUAACCUUUGAGAGGCAGGAUGAAGAUACCAACGCCAUGCUUCAGAAUUCAGUGUCAUCUCUGUCCAUUGAUGUAAGAGACACACACACUUUAGCUGGUUAUGCAUUCACUAGGAUAUAUUCAAAGGCGAUCAAAAUGUAUAUUGGUAGAUAUUUAACUUCCUAUGGACCAGGUAUAUCAAAUGAGGUUGCAUUGAUGAUAUGCUCAGCACCAUCACUAUGGGAUGUUAGACUGACUGGAAGCUUUCACCCUACCUUCUAUGAAACUCUUGCCAGAGAAGGAAGGAAAGCCACAGUCCAUACUCUUCAGAUUUUGAUUGAUAAGCCUCUAUCAUCAGCCUCUUCACAUCACCUAGUAGAAGCUUUAUGCUCCAUACCUAACCUGACUAACCUGACACUAUAUAAAGUGUGUAACCAAGAGGAUUUCUGUUCUCAUCUGAAUAAGAAGGCUUCAACCUUGAAGGUCCAUACUCUUCAGAUUGAGAAUAAUAAGCCUCUAUCAUCAGCCUCUUCACAUCACCUAGUAGGAGCUUUAUGCUCCCUACCUAACCUGACUAACCUGACACUGAGUAGAGUUUGUGACAAGGAGGAGUUCUGUUCUCAUCUGAAUGAGAAGGCUUCAACCUUGAAGGUCCAUACUCUUAAGAUUUGGAAUAAUAAGCCUCUAUCAUCAGCCUCUUCACAUCACCUAGUAGAAGCUUUAUGCUCCCUACCUAACCUGACUAACCUGAUGCUGAUAGGAGUUUGUGACCAGGAGGAGUUCUGUUCUCGUCUGAAUGAGAAGGCUUCAACCUUGAAGGUCCAUACUCUUCAGAUUUUGAUUGAUAAGCCUCUAUCAUCAGCCUCUUCACAUCACCUAGUAGAAGCUUUAUGCUCCCUCCCUAACCUGACUAACCUGAUACUGAUAGGAGUUUGUGAAGAGGAGGAGUUCUGUUCUCAUCUCAAUGAGAAGGCUUCAACCUUGAAGGUCCGUACUCUUGAGAUUUUGAUUGAUAAGUCUCUAUCAUCAGCCUCUUCACAUCACCUAGUAGAAGCUUUAUGCUCCCUCCCUAACCUGACUAACCUGAUACUGAGAGGAGUUUGUGACGAGGAGUUCUGUUCUCAUCUGAAUGAGAAGGCUUCAACCUUGAAGGGUUCUUUCCCUCAGAUCAGUAAAGGAAAUUUCAUGUUCAAUGAAGAGCCUCAGAAGGAUCUUCAAUCAUUCUUACAAACACUCAGUUACUUCAUGUAGAUACGCCAAAUGGAUCUUCUUCGGGCAAGAUUUUUUAGAUGAGAGCUCCUCGGUUGGACCCUCUUUCUUAACAUGAGUACUCUGCUGCUGGUGCCUCUUCCUCAGACAAAUAUUUUGAUGAAUGACAUUUCUCUGUCAUGGACUGUGUCAUGUACAUGUAUUAUCAUUAGCAAUUAUACCUGUGCGCGCAUUAUGAUGUCACUAAUGUCUGCACAAUGAUACGCUGCCAUAGUAACCGGUCAUGCUGGAUGAAAGCCUUGGAAUUUUUAAACUAAAUAUACCACCUUGGACUUGAUUAUUUAGUGUAUGUGUUGGUGACAUAGUGCCAAGUAAUUCAUACAAACAUAUAACAGAGUAUCCCAACCAUCUAGAUGGUAUAACUGGUUUCAUUCUACUCUAAUGAAUAGAACCAUCUUAUUGGUCUCCAUGACAGUCACUAGAUCCUACAAUGGUGUGUACAUGUACAUAUAACAGAGUAUCCCAACCAUCUAGAUGGUAUAACCGGUUUUAUUCUACUCUAAUUAAUAGAACCAUCUUAUUGGUCUCCAUGACAGUCACUAGAUCCUACAAUAGUGUGUACAUGAACCCAUUUCAGUUUUCUCCCUGGAACAUUAUUUUAUUCGUAAAAUGACUGAGCUCUUUCUAUCCCAGAAAGAUUUGCAAGGAAUUUAUAAUGUGAAAACUUUUGAGCAUAGAAGAUUAUGCAGUCACCACCCGUUGUUGAUGCUAAUUUUCAUUUAUUACCUAGUACAUGAUGUUAAAAAAAAUUCACCUUGUUAAGUUUAUGCAUAUAUAAAGAUAAAUUUUAAAUAUUUUUCAAAGCUAUUCCAAAUAUUUUCAUAUUAUUCUUAACCCUAAGAAGACUGGGGGCUGAUUCAGCCCCCCCCCUCGACAUUGUUCGCGAUAAAUCCGCCGCGCGAAAUUUUUUUGACCGCAUCAUUCGCUGAAUUUUUACUUUCAAGUCUCGCGCAACUUUUGAGACCAAAAUUGUGACCCCUGGGUACGCGGUUUCGAAAUUACACAGCGUUUCAUAAGUGCAUGCAAACCCAAAAUUGCUCAUAAACGUGAAUUUGUGUAGAAAUCCACUGCAAAUAGUGUUUUUAGCCAAAAUUCAUAAAAUGUAUCAUAUUUUUCUUUUUACUGCUUAAAAUCAAUUAAUUUUAUCUUGUUCAUGGUCAAAAUAAAGUCUCCAACAAUUUGCAAUGAAAAAAAAAAAAGUCGAAAAACAAAGAAAUACAUAAGAAAUUUAGAAAACAAUAAAAUACAUAAAAAAAUAAAUGUGAUGUUGACAUUAAAAAAAAUUUAAUCAGAUGCCUAUACAGAGUAUGUAAUUUUUUUUUAGUAUUUUAGGGGCAUUAUUUUGUUAAUUAGAGCAAACUUAUGAAUUUACGCAUAAAUUAACAUAAUUAAUGAGCAAUGAGAUUUUUCACAGAUUUUGAUAUAAUAAUUUGGUAGAUAAUGCCAUGGGUAACGUGUGUGCCAAUUUUCUUCGCGAUCGCGCGAUCGACGGCC